AGUGGAGUCUGCGUAAGGGGAACUCAAUAUGUCGAUAGCGAAAAUGACUUUUAUGGAUUUCUGACAGACAUAAUUGAGUUAGAGUAUCCAGCGCUUCCAAUGAAAACGACUGUCUUAUUUAAAUGCGAAUGGUUCGACCCAGCGCAAAAUUCAGGCACAAUUAGUAACAAAAAAUACAACAUGGUGGAUAUUAAUAACAGAAGGAGAUACAACAAGUAUGAACCGUUCAUCUUAGCUGAACAGGCCGACCAAGUUCAUUACCUGCCAUAUCCGAGUAAAAGAAGGGAUAAAAUAAAUUGGUGGGCAGUUUGCAGGAUAAAGGCGCGAUCAGAGCUUGACAUGCCCGAAGGGAUUAUCCCGGCCUUUCAAGAUGACAUAGAAGAAAAUCCUCUCAUUGUUGCAACAGAAGACAAUCCGACAUAUUUGGCUGAUCAAACUGGAGAAGCUGAGGAAGAUGCGUUGUUCAUGCCUCCUGAACAAGAAACAGAAGAUGAGUUCAUCGCAUCCUCAUCAGACGAAGAUGAAAGCGAAGAACUUUAGUAGUAUGAGGGGUCGCGGUCGAGGAUCAGGCACAGGCCGAGGAUCAGCCUCAGGCCGAGGACGCGGACGGGGAUCAGACCCUGUUCCUGGCGAUGACAACGUUGCUGAGGAGCAGCAGCAGUUAGAGGCUGGAGCACCUGUUCAGCCUCGGCAGCAGCGUGAGCCUGGCGAGCCCCCGGCUGUUCUGGACGACCGGGGUAGGGCGAGGGUUCACCCGGACCCUAGCAGGACGAUGUUGAUCGACUCUGGGCCUGUUUCACGGGCUAUGCGGGAGAUUUUUAGGAAGUGCUGGUUCGAUAAUGGAACAGCAUGGCGCUUUCUAACAGCCGAGCAGAGGGAGUUCUACUUCCAGGAGUUUCAGAAAGAGUUCUGGUGGGAUAGUGUGGCGUACAGCGAGGAGGUCAUUAGACAGGUCUUCAUGGUCCAUGCAGCCAACCGCUACAAAGACAACAUCCACAGAAUGAGGAGGACGCAACAGAAGCAUAUUUCUGUGACCCAGGACAUCUGGGAUGCUUGGAACGCGUUCUGGAACUCAGAGAAAGAGAAAAAAAGGUCAGAAACCGCCCGAGCAAAUCGGAUGAGCGAGCCAGCGGGCGCCGGUUCUGGACCUGUCCGCCAUACUGGUGGAUCUCGCUCUGCUCUGAAGCAUAUGGAUGUCAUGGAAAGGGAGCUUGGCCGGAAACCGAGUGCGACGGAGUUGUACACUCGCCUUCACUCCACGAAGGCUGACAAGAAGCCGGUCGACAAACGGGCUCAGGAUAUGACUGACGCCAUCACUGAGAGGCUUGCUGCUGCGACACAGCCUCAGACCGGAGAGGGUAGCUCCUCGACCCCAGCUGCAGUGGACGAGACCCAGGUGUUUCUAGACAUCGAGGGCGUCAACAAGAAGAAACGCGUGUACGGGUUGGGUUCUGCGAGCAGCAGGUACGCCGGGCCAAGCAGCAGCAGGGUGCAGCGAGGCAGCUCUUCUAGGACGUCGCAGCAGGCAGACGAGGAGGUCGAGCGCCGUGUGCAGGCCGGCAUUCAGGAGGGUCUGCGACUGGCUCGGGAACAGCAGGCUGCGAACAUGGCCCAGAUGAUACGCGAGGAGAUUGCCAGGAUGAUUCCUAACCUUCCGGCAGAGUAUCGGCCACAGCGCCCACCUACCCCACCAGACGAUGACGACACUCCAGCUUUGUAGUGUCGUGUUAGCUUAUUUUGUUACACACAUAUAUACGGUUUUUAUUUUUAUUUUUUGACCUUUACAUUUAUACUCUGAUAUUUAUAUAUAUAUAUAUAUAUAUAUAUAUUUAUUUAUU